AUGAUAAUCAGAUCUUUAGUCACCAGAAAUGUGGACCGGGGUACCACCUCCACCACAGUUCGGACUUUCAGAAGAAACAUUCUUAUCACAAGUGAACUUCAAAAGAAACUAGAGGUUUCUCAACACAUACCUGUGGUAGUUAUUGGUGGAGGACAUGCUGGAUGUGAAGCUUCAGCUGGAUCUGCUCGUACUGGAGUUCAAACAGUCUUAAUUACCCCUGAAAUUUCCAAGAUUGGUACUGCUUCAUGUAAUCCUUCGGUAGGAGGUGUUGGUAAAGGAACUUUAAUCCGAGAAGUUGAUGCCUUAGAUGGUUUGGCAGCUAAAAUCACCGAUAAAGCUGGUAUACAUUUCAAGAUUUUGAAUGCUUCAAAAGGUCCAGCUGUUCAUGGACCAAGAGCUCAGAUAGAUAGAAAGAUUUAUUUGCAAGAAAUGCAAGAAGCUAUACUAAACUAUCCAAAUUUAACUGUAUUGGAAGGGAAAGUAGAAGAUCUUAUUUUGAGUCCUCAAUCAAAUUCUGACACUGGUGGUAGAGUUUCCGGGACAGUUAAGGGAUUGAUCAUGGAAGAUGGAAGAGUACUUGCCUGUGAUAAGGUGGUGAUAACUACAGGGACAUUUUUAGGGGGAGAAAUCCACAUUGGUUUGAAAGCUUUUCCUUCAGGAAGAAUGGGCGAAGAUGCUACUUUUGGGUUGUCAAAGACCCUCAAAGAUGCCGGGUUUAGAUUAGGACGUCUUAAGACAGGUACACCACCAAGAUUACUUUCUUCGUCCAUUGAUUAUACAAAUCUUGAAAUUCAACCUUCCGACUAUCCUCCUCAACCUAUGUCGUUCAUGAAUGAUGAAGUGGCCAACCAGGAAAAUUUGGUGGCUUGUCACCAAACCAGUACAACUCCCGAGUUCCAUAAGAUUAUUGCUGAUAAUCUUCAUCAAUCCAUCCAUAUCAGAGAAACCGUCAAAGGUCCUAGAUAUUGUCCGUCAAUAGAAUCCAAGGUGAUUAAAUUUCCCAAUAAAACUUCCCAUACUAUCUGGCUCGAACCCGAAGGUUUAGACAGUGACUUGGUGUAUCCUAACGGUAUCUCAUGUACUAUGCCUGAAGACAUUCAAGAAAGACUUGUCAAGUUAAUCCCUGGAUGUGAGAAUGUUGUCAUGACCCAACCGGGAUACGGUGUGGAAUACGAUUAUGUUGAUCCAAGGGAAUUAGACAUUACAUUGAAGACCAAGCUUGUAGAUGGGUUGUAUCUUGCAGGACAGAUCAACGGUACUACAGGGUACGAAGAAGCAGCAUCUCAAGGAAUUGUAGCGGGGAUUAAUGCUGGAUUGUCAUAUCUCAGAAAAGCUCCCCUUCAAAUCAAACGUAGUGAUGGUUACGUAGGUGUACUUAUUGAUGAUCUCAUCACUAAAGGUGUUGAGGAACCUUAUAGAAUGUUUACCUCAAGAUCUGAAUUCAGAGUAUCUAUCAGAUCCGAUAAUGCUGACGUUCGUUUAACUGAAAUGGGAUAUCAGCUUGGGGCUGUCAGUCAACAACGUUACGAUGCCUACAAGAAAGAACUGCAACAGUUCAACCUCAUCAAAGAUCACCUUUCUUCCCUUCAAUUGUCAGGAGCCAAAUGGGCACCAGCUCUCAAAGGACUUGUUUCAGAUGUCAGUAAGAAGACCAUUGUUGAUGGCUGGAAGCUUUUAUCAUACAAAGGAGUCACCAUUGAGGAUUUGAUACCUCAUAUGGAUAAGUUCGGGCCCGUUCCAGACAUAUACCACACAACUACCAGAAGAUUAAGAAACAAAAUCAACGUCGAGAGUACAUACGCACCAUGGAUGAAGAAGGAGCAAGCUCAUUUAAGAGCUUAUGAAGCUGACGAAGACCUUCUUCUUCCUUUGAAUUUCACUUACACUAACGAAGGAAAUCUCAAGAUAUCUUAUGAAGUCUGUCAUCUUCUUAAUACCAUUCAACCCCAAACCAUUGGCCAAGCUCGUAGAAUCCAAGGUGUUACUCCUGCGGCAAUAUUCGAACUUUACAAGUUAGUAAAGGGUAAUCAAGUUGAAUUUGCAUCUCAAAGAACUGCUUAG